AUGGUGGGUCGAUUAUGGCUAUGGAAGAAUCAGAUUGGCGAUGCUGGUGCCCAUGCACUUUCUGCGGCACUCAAAGUGAACAAGACGUUGAUCAAGAUCGAUCUGAAUGGGAAUCAGAUUGGCGAUGCUGGAGCACAGGCGAUUGCUGAAACGCUCAAAGUCAACACGACGCUCGCUAACCUCGGUUUGCACAAUAAUAAGCUUGGCGAUGCUGGAGCGACUGCGAUUGCUGAGAUGCUCAAAGUGAACAAGAUGCUAACUUCGCUCAACCUGGAUAACAAUCAGAUUGGCAAUGCUGGAGCGCUGGCGAUCGCUGAGGCACUCAAAGUGAACAAGACCCUGACUUGGCUCAAGUAA